AUGAAUCGAUACUGGAUUCCCCGGCUGGAUAUCCACAAAAGCAUUAUUGUCCAACAACUCCCAUACUUCCUGGGCCCAGAAGCAACAGUGCGAGCGUACACUAAUGAGGGGGAAGAUGGCUUCCUGAUCACCACACCAGGCCCGUGCCUGACAGAUGAGCAGAUUGACGAUAUCUGCACGAAAUCCAGGGACAUGUGGGAACGACAAGCUGCCGCCAAGUCACAGGACACCGAUAAACCUCUCAAGCGUCCUCUACACCAGCCAGUUGUCAUAUCCAGGGGUUCCACCGAGCCCUCGCGGAGAAGGCAGGAUGAUCGAAGGCCCUACGAGGGACAACGGAGACACGAGGAGCGUUGGCGAUGA